AUGGGCAGAGCAGAAGCAAACAUGAAGCCCAGGGCCACGAAGACGAAGUGCGCGCUGUUUUGGCACCGCACUCACGGACAGCAUGGAACUGCACGCGGGUGGGGCCCGCUUGGCGGAGUAUCGCCUCCCGCGAUUCUUGGGGCGGUUUUGAUCCAGCCAUUGCGCGGGGUUGGCCGGCAGGCGCGGGGGUGCUUCACUGUCGCAAAAACAAGAUUUAUGAAGAUCAAGGCGGUGCCAGCGACAACAUGGGGGCCGAAAUGUAAAAUACUGCGUCCGCUGCUCAAGACCCUCGCUGGUGGGUCCACAAACUCCUCUACGGGGCAGUGGCGCGCUGCAACACGGCUUCGCUGUCGGCGCCGGAGCGCCUGGAGAAGUUCCACACCCGCGCCGCCGGCGUCAUCGCUGGCGUUCGCGUCGGGGCUUCUCGGGCAGCUGCUGAAGAGGAGGCUCGCCUUCUCUCGCUGGAGGGCGCUGCGUCGAUGCGGGGUACCCAGUGCUAUCUGCAGUCGUGCGUGCGCAGUGGCGAGGUUAGAGCGCCACGCCGAGGCUCUUUUCCCGCCUUCCAACCCGACACACUCAGCCCUCCGCCUGAUGGCGGGGAAGUUGCACGAGCAUAGGUGA